AACACACGAGUCAAUACUUAAUAUAGUGGAAUGUAAUCUGUUUGUAUCUCGCUACUUCACGCGAUACACAGCUUACUUCCUGCUCCGGAAUUUUAAUUGAAUUUCUCCACGAAAAUAUAAACACAUGGGUUGUAAUUCUUGACAUAAAUUGUAAUGUUUAGCCAACCACCAUGGGGAAUUGUCUAAGCAGUGAACCUGUGAAACCGCCAAAGAAUCUGCCGCCUUCUCUGUCUGUGUUGGACGGACCAUCGUCUCCAGUUUCUCCUGCACAUGUCAACGUUUCUUUAGUCGAUCAAAGGCCUCUGCCUUCGACACCAAAAGUUAAAGAUAAACUCAUCGUACGGGCCCUGUACGAUUUUGAUGCCAUAAAUGAUGAUGAUCUCAGUUUCAAGAAAGGCGAUAAGCUUGAAGUAGAUGAGGAAACUGCACAAAACUCAGAUUGGUGGGUAGCCACACAUCUUGGGACGGGCAAGAGGGGCUACAUUCCCAGUAACUAUGUUACCAAGGACGAUAACUCUCCACAGUCGCAAGACUGGUGGUACAGUGUUGAGAGGAAGGAGGCAGACAAACAACUGUUGUUGCCUGGCAACCCAACUGGAACCUUCCUGGUCAGAGAGGCUGGAGAUAGGGCCUCUUUCGUCUUAUCUGUGAGAGACCAUGACCCAAAGUCAAACGAUGCCUGUGUGAAGCACUAUAGGAUCAGAAGACUUGACAACGGAGGCUUCUACAUCAGUCCAAAACGAACAUUCGAUAAUAUGUUGGAUCUGAUUUUUCAUUACCGAAAUGCUGCUGAUGGGUUGUGUUGCAAACUGGAAGUCCCUUGUCCGAAGAUCCGACCAAUGGUGCAGUUCCGUGAACUGGAGGUGGAACGGAACUCGGUGAAACUUAAUAAGAAGCUUGGAAGCGGGUGCUUCGGAGACGUGUGGGCGGGUAAAUGGCGUAACACAGUAGAUGUUGCGGUAAAGACACUCAAGCCUGGUCAGAUGACACCAGAAGCUUUCCUGGAGGAGGCCAAACUCAUGCAUCAUCUGCGUCACCAGAAGCUUGUUCAGUUGAUGGCCGUCUGCACUAAGACGGAGCCGAUCUGGAUCAUCACAGAGCUCAUGGUGAAUGGUGCACUUCUAGAUUACCUUCGGAAGGACGAGGGCAGGACAAUCACAUUUAAUAUUAUUGCUGACAUGGCUGGACAGAUCGCUGAUGGCAUGGCAUAUUUGGAGGCCGAGAACUUUGUACACCGCGACCUUCGUGCAGCCAAUAUUCUGGUUGGGGAACACAAUGAGGUCAAGGUCGCAGACUUCGGUCUUGCUCGAAUCAUUCAGGAAGAUAUCUAUGAGGCACAUGAAAACACUAAGUUUCCUAUCAAAUGGACUGCUCCCGAGGCUGCAUUUGAUCGCAAGUUCAGUAUCAAGUCAGAUGUCUGGUCAUAUGGUGUUCUACUGUAUGAGUUAAUCACCUUUGGCCGUGUACCUUAUCCAGGUAUGAACGGUCAUGAGGUGCUAAACCGGGUCGAGAAGGGCUUCCGCAUGCCCCGUCCUACAGGUGGUCCCGUUGCCUGUCCUGACCCCUACUACGAGCACAUGCUCAAGUGCUGGAACCGAUCCCCCGAAACCAGACCCACCUUUGCUUACCUUCAGGACUUUUUCAACAACUACAUGGUGUCCGCUGAAGGGGAAUAUAAGCCUAUGGAUUAGGAAAGAGAGUUAUAAUCAAAUCAACUAUGAACUGUGCAGUUUGCUCCUAUGGACUUGGGAAGGGCAAAUUUAUUCCUCAAUCCUGCUUGAUUAAAGCAGGUAACCAUUCAUCACUUUCACCAUCCUUCCAGACUAAUUCAACGUUUAUAUUAUUUGUUCGAACAAACACAAUGUUUGCCAGUUGACUAGGGUCAUGACUUAACAAGUUCCAUGAAGUUGUACAGUGAUUGAGCUGAUAACAUAUGAGCCGUGCUCUGUGAAAAGGGGGUUUAAUGCAUGUGCGUAAAGUGUAGUCUCAGAUUAGCCUGUGCAGUCCGUACAGGCUUAUCAGGGAUGACACUUUCCGCUUUUAUGUUAUUUUUCGUUGAAAGAAAUUCUCUUCUUAGCAAAAGUUAUGUUAAGGUGGAAAGUGUCUAUGCACAUGCAUUAAACACCCUUUUCACAGAGCACGGCUCCUAGUUUUUCUGACUGCAGCUGAAUUACAGAUAAUGUGUUCAUGCACAUGGAAUUGACCUGUAAGAGGAAUACCAUUUUUACAACAUCUUCUAAGAGCAUUUCAAUGGUAUACUGCAAUUCAUUAAAGCAAAUGGAACUUACUGGUACGCCAUAUAGAUUUGUACAACUUCUUUUAAGAGUAUCUGAAUGGUACCUGGUAAUUAGCAUACCACAUGUUAGCUGUGUUUCAUGCACAGUUCUAAUAGAGGCCUCACUUAAGCAAUAUGUGAUCUCCCAGUACAUUGUUAAGCUUGUUCAAAUUUAAUGUUUCUUUUGUCUUUUUAUUUCCUCAUACUUAUGUUUAAACCACAACAGGCACUUUGAUGUUAUUAUCUGGGUAAUUGAAUGACUUGGAUGUUUCAAAAUGUAUAUUUAAUGAAGAAACUACUUCCAGAUAGAUAUGUUCUUCAGUUGUUUAAUUCAGACUUUUAAGCUUUUCACUUUUGUUUGAUAUAUUACAUAGAUUUAAUUUCAAUAUUUAUAUUUAAUUGCAUUUUUUUCGCCUGAAAACAUGUUCGUUACAUUCCAUUUACAAUUAUUAUAAUAAUACAAAAAAUCAUAUGUAUGAUUGAAGAAAUACAUUGUCAAUGUUAGAUUAGAAGUAUAUAUUUAAGUGGAAUGAAAAUUCAUUAUUUACUUUUGGUUGUGCAUAAUUUGAACAUUACUUAGCAUGUUUAAAAAUAGCAUGUGAAUAUUUUAAGUAGUUGAAAAUUAGCCUAGUAUUUCUUUUGUAAUUUUGCUCUGUAUACUUUAUAUGAAUUGAGAAUAUCAACAAAUUUUUGUAUAAUGACCAUUUAUAUUUUUGUUCAUAAGUAGUUAACAUGUGGUUAAAUGUGUGUGGCUUUGAUCCAUUGAAAAAAAAAAACACAGGCAACAUUGAAGUGGGUUCUAUGGUCACUCAUUAUGUUAAGUUAAAUGGCAGAACAAUAUAAACUGAAAGUACGAAGCCAUUUGAACUAUUGACAAAAUAACAUUCAUAAUAACAUCUGAUUGUUAAAUAAAACAAACUUGUUAGAGGUGUUUACUGCUCAAAUGUUCAUACAUUUGGAUAAAUGUCGGUUGAGCAUGUGCCUAUUGUAUCUGGAAAAGGAAUAUAAAAACAAAGAUACUAUACAUUGAUUUCAACUCCCUCAACUAUACUUUGAUAAUUGCACAUGUACAUUAAUGGAUUUUAAUACCCAUAUUUAUGUCGCCCUACAUAUUUAUGUAUCCAAUGCACAGAAGGGCCCUUUCAUGAAACCAAUUUAAGCAGGAAGUAGUUCUGAUGAUCAACUUUUUAUUUAUUUGAACAUCAGUAAACUUUUUCAAGUACCUUAUUUUAAGUAAAUUGUACAUUUGUGUUCGGUGCAUGUUUAACUGCUGCAUCUGUUGAAUACUUUGCUUAAAGUGACUUUUCCUUUUACUAUAUUCAUGUAUGGUAAGUUUUUAUUCUGAAGUAUAUUUAUUCAAAUGCUAUAGAAUCUUGCCAGAACAUUUACUGAAAUCACACUUGCUUAGAUUUUGAAUAUCAUUUUACAAUUGCAAAAUAAUAUUAUGCUUAAAACACAAUAAUAAGAAAUCAGUCCAGCAUGAAUGCCCAGCAUUACAUACCAUAGAUUUGUAUAUUAGUAGUGCAGUUUGAAAAAGAAUGAUAAAACACAUUGUUCCAUGAUGAGUGAAACUAAAACUUCUAUACUGGUUGUGUGGUUUAAUACUAAUUCUAAAACAAUCAAAGAAGCUUUAAGUUUCCUUUAUCUUUUCCAUAGAACAUGCGUGUGGUAAUUUCACUAUGUUGACUAUACUUGUGUUGUAUUGUUAUAUUCCAUGAUUAGUAUUACCAUUGUUUCAAACAUGUGAAGUUGUUGCUUUUUUUAAACACAGAUUUCAGCAUCCACUAUGCAAAAAGUUCUUCAAUAAAUUUCUUAACUAUUACAUUUUUAAGCUCAGAUUGAAGUUUUUACUUGAAUAAACUUGGUUGCAUGGUUUUGAAGCAACAAAUAAAUCUUGUUUAACCUCUUAAAGAUACAAUAGGUGAACAUUCCUGCUUCAUUCCUUUAAAGUGUGUCUUGAGAACAUAUUCGAUCAAAGCUCAUAACUAGCUUUUAAGUUUACUACUUAUUAUUUUGUUAUAUUAUCACUCCUAUUAGUUUAUGCAUAAAUGCAUCUUAUCUCUUUUCAUAACAUGUUCCUGUUGUUUGAUUCAGCACUUUGUGCGCCCUUUAGUAUGGCUUUUGCAUUUUAAAGUUCUUUCUGUUGCCUGCACUGGUGGAACAUACAUGUUCACAGGAUUAAUACUGUUCUAUAUAAUUACACAAUGUUGUCGGUUUUAUGUAUCAUGUGAUGGUGUAUCCAGUAUAAAAAGUGCCUUAUGCAUUAUGGCAUGAAGUCCUGAAAUUUCCAUCUUUAUAAGUUUUAUUGUGUUAUUUUAUAAUGAUAUAUAUUUAUUUGCAAUUACACAAUAAGGUGUAAAUAAUGAAAUUAUGAUCAUCACCUGGGCUUGUUUUCACCAACUCAUUCUAAGACUUAAGAAUUCUGGCCCAGGACCCGUAUUAAUAUUUUAUAUUAUGGAUGGUAUUGACUGUAACAGUCAUUCACGAAUGACAUGUAACUGUCUACUGAAUCAUUUACCCAAUUUUAUACUGUUACAUUCCAGCAAGAUUGAAAACAAAAGGUAAUAGAAAACCUGUGAAAACCACCUUCACUUCCAGUUAAGCCAUAACAUGUAAGGCUUUUAAAUUAGUCUGAGGAUAUUUCCUAAAACUUGGAUCAAAAUUUAAGGUAUUGUCUAAAAGUGUUGAAAACCUCUUCACAAAAUGACAAUUAUUUUGAAAGAUAUAAGGAACAUAAAUUACAGUAAUUGAGAUAUUGAAAAUAAAUGUGCUAAAAAUGUGUAAAAUCAUCUGUUAACUCUUUCCCACUCAGAGGCAAAGUAAAAAUGGCUAUGUGCAAACAGCAUAACACCAGAACAGCCUACGAGUAAUUUGCAGUCAGUUCAGGUUUUAUGCUCUUUGCUGAUCAUCAGUAUUUAAAAGUUGCAAAUGAAGCCUUUAAAACUUGAAUCUAGUAAGAAAGGUCUUAAAUUAAAUUUAAUUUUGUAAGGGACUACAAAAAUGUCAAAAUACUUAUCUAAGUGGUAAAGGGUUAAAAGCAAUUUAUAUGCAGUAUUUCAGCAUAUUUGCAAAUGAAGUGCUUCUAAUGGCUGCGUCUAGGCUUGUAUUUACAAAGCCCAGUAGGAAAAACUAAAAAAAUGUCUUUAAUUCAUAUAAUUCAUUGAGUAUCUGGCUAAUUUGUUUUUAUGUCUUUGUACAUUCUUACAUAAAGAAUGUUUGAAACAAGAAAACAUGGUUACAAUUGUUUUUAACAUUUUUGCAUUUUGUAACUAGAAAAUAUUGGAUUUAAAGAGAAAAAAAAUAUCUGAAUUUUGGUCAAGAACAACUGAAAUUGAGAUGUCCCUUAAGAGCUUUUUGGAAUACUGGCCCAAGCUUUUGAACAAUGAUGUAAUGCAAAAUAGGGAGUUUAUGUUUUCUUUUUUCAGGAAGCUUGGGUUCAGGUUAAGAUUCAGAUGUGGUUUGCUUCAUCAAAUGUUUUUUUAUAUUUGAACCAAAAAUAUGUACAUUAUUUUAUUACUUUUAAUUGUAUAUUUCCCUCAUUGUACAUAGUUAUUUGUCACUGUGUAUUGAACAAUGUUUACAGUGUUUGAAAUUUGUUAUAUGUGGAUGUAAUACAUGUAGUUUGGUUAUUUAUAGUCUAUGUAUGAGUUUAUUUAAUGUUUUAUCAUUUUUCAAAUUAUGCAAUCAAAAUUUUCUUCAGUUUCAUUUUUUCUUGCAUGUUUUAAAGAUAAUAUUUUGUUCUGCAACUCGUUAGCAGGAUUCUGUGCUAGAAUGCAGUUAAUAUUAUAUUUUUUUAGCAGUUUCAACAUUCUCAUGCUUUUUAGUUGCAUAUUGGGGAGUGUUUAAAAAGUAUUGCAUACAAUUUUUGGAUCAUUUUGUUUCUUGAAAACCUGGAAGGGCUUGUCUACCUUGUGCACAAAGGUACUGAUGCACCUUUCGGGGUUUUCAGUUAUGAUUACUUCCUUGAUCUUUAAUUCCUGUGAUUUUAUAUGUAUUAUCCAAGAGAAUUGCAGUGUUCUAUUAUAUACAUUCUUUUGUCUAUUGUUCAUGGUCAUUAAUGAUUAUUUUUGUAAGGUGUUUUAGGAAAAAUAAUAAGGACUGCUGUACCUAACUUAGUUAUAUUAUACUGAUACAAAUUGUAGUUUGAAUUUCACCAUAUAGCAUACAUUUUUCGUUUCUAAUAGAGGUACUGAGAUUUAAAAAAAUACUUAUUAGAUCUUUAAUACCAAUCGAGCAAAUGUGUUGGACAUAUAAUACAUUUACUAAUAGCAUUAUAACUAGAAGUGAUUUAUUUUGUCUUUUAUGUAUGAUAACCAGUCUGCAAUGUGAUUGCUGGAUUAGUGUUCCUUAUAGCUGAUCUACCAUAGGAUAGCGAUUAUAAGUGAGAUAUAGAUGUUUAUAAAGAGUUUUGAAGAUGUUUAUAGUUUCAAUAUGCAUUGUUGUCUUAAAUGGCCUGGGAUUUUUUCUCUUAAAUGCAUGCAAUUGACCCUGGAGAGUCAGAAUUUAUGUAAAGUUGUACUAGUGACACCUUCAUUUUAAUGGACCUAUCUUAAAGUCAUUAAGAACAUAUAAACCUGCUUAUAUAGAGGGGCGAAAAUUUCUUUUUUAGCAUAAAAUUCUUGUAGAUCAGCAUGUGGUUUAAAUAAACAUUCGCAUUUGUUUUGAUUCAACUAGUUUAUUCUUGUCUUUCUGUUAUAGAAAUAUGUGUUUGUAGUCAUACUUUUGACAUUGCUAUUGGGUUUAUCUUGGUCACAUGUUACUGAGCAUAUUUUAAAUACAUAUCCUUUUGUAUUUGACAUUCCAAUGUUGCCUUUUUAUACAUAUAUAAAUUCAUGUUUAUUCUAUAAUCAAUUUAGAAUAACACUCCAUGUUAAUUAAUAUUUUUAUUAUCAUGUAUUAAACAUAUGUAAUAGUC